CUUACGUUCGUAAGGCAAAAUCAACUCUCCGGAAAGCAAACUACAAAGUGUUAUAUAAGGAAUUGAAGGAGUCAUUAUAUCCAAAAAAAACAUAUUUAGAUAAGUUCUUGGCCUACAGUUUGAAGAAAUCAGACUUUCAGAUGGUGGUUGACAGUGUGGAGGUCAGCUCUUCAACAAAAACAGGAGAAAAAGAAGCCAGCACAAAGAAGAGAAAGGCAAAGAAAAAUGCAGUAUCUGAUAUACUGCUUUCAGAAGACGAAUUGCCUCCAAUAGUAACUAGGAAGAAAUCUGUUUUAAAAACACUCAACGAGUUACCUUUUCCAGGUGAAGACAGCAAGAAGAGUCAGCGCAAAGGUCGCACCCUGCCUACAAAGCCCAAUGGUGCGAAAGGGGUAAAGUCUAAAGUUGCCAGUAAAUUAACAUCUCUGUCUACUCCAUCUACAAGGAAUAAUAAAUCUACUGUUCGUAAUCGUAGAAGAUCUCCAGAUGAAGGAAAGAGAGAAACUAGUUUCUUGAGCUCUGACAUCUCAUUUCAUGAAGAUUUUCUUUUAACCAGUACUCAGGUAAGACCUGGAAAUAAACAGAUAUUAGAUACUUCACUUGGAGAAAGUCCUGCAUUGCUGCCAGCCCUCAAGGAGAGAGACACUUUACGAGAGAAGGAGAAAAGUAAACUGAAGUUGUCAAAGGCAAAAGAGAAACAUAGAAAUGUGGAAGGAAAACAGAAGGACUUUGAAAUAAGUAGUGAAGAUCCGGAUGAUUGUUCUAAUGAAGAAAGGUCUGAUUUUAAUAAUCACACUGAAGUUUCUAAGUUGAAUAGUUCCUCAGCUGAGGAGUAUGUUACUGUCAAUGAAACCACUGAAGAAGCAACAAAUAUCACUUGUAAUUCUAAUGUGAAAAACUCAACUGUAUUAAGCAGAAAAAGUAUCACUUCCUCCUUGAACACAACAUAUACUUUAGACAGCCCCAUGACAAGUAUGACUAGUAAAAGUGAAGGUAGUGUGCAAGUAAAUAAUCCACAUAGAAAUAAGAAAAGGAGUUCUACAGAUGUGUGCAGUACCAACAUUGUUGAGAAGAUACAUGACAAGACAGCAGAGCAUUCAAGUCCAGAGCCUGAAGAUUACUUACCUUGUGGUCAGAGACCAAGAGAGGGCAGGUCUAGUGGAUACAAAGGUGGGAGUUCCGAAGGUCAGAACGAAAGUUCUCUGGCCAAUACAGGAAAUGAUAGUGUAUAUUUUUGUUACACUGCCCUCCCAACACACAUUAACCCUGCUGUAUUUGUGCUGGACAGCCAGGCUGCUUCUGAGCAAAACAACUGUCUUGUUGAUGAAACCUUAACAGAAACCAAUAACAAUCAACUUGAUGGCUAUGAAGGGAAAUGCAUAAUCCAAGAAACCCAAAGUCAAGAAAUUCUUACCCAUUUUGUUGUAGACUCAACAUCACAGGUGACAGAUUUUCCUAAUCCAAAUGACUGUGGCUUAGGUGCUGGAAAGAAUUCUGUUAAAGUAGAAUGUGAGGAUACUGGCACACAGUAUAGUGAAAACAGUGAACCUUUCUCCCUGACCCAGGGACAGCAGGAACCCAUGCCUUUCAGCCAAAAUGCUCAAGAGCUUGUUUACUCAGCAGAUGUUACAGAUACCACAGACUUCACUACUUUCUGUAAAACAGAACUGACAUCGCCAUUAUCAGAAAAAGAAUAUAAAAUCUUCGAGGUACAGUAUGAGGAUAUUGAACAAGAACCAACAUCUCCUAGUACAUUAGAAGUAUUUAAUUCUGUAAAACAAGAAUCUGUUACAGUUGGCAAUCCUACAUCUGUUGUUCACGGUACUACAGUUGAGUUCAGUGACAUUGAUAAUGACAAGUUUGCAUCUCCUAAAUGUGCUGUGGAGGAAAUUAUUCAUUCAAACUGUCUAGAUACACCCACCGCAGUGGCUUCUAAUGAAGAAACUAGUGAUAGUGAAGAAGUAAUAGGGCCAAGUCAAGAAUUAGUUGUAACUAGUCCACCAAAUUUUAAAAGCUUUAACAGAUCAAGUAGAAGUUGUGGCAGUGCAUCAGGUGGCAGUUUUGUGUCUAAUACAAGUGGUGAAAGUGAGCAAGAGCAGGCAUCUCUCAGCAUAUAUAGUUCACUAACAGCCCUACAAGACUUUUCAACCACUGUUGCAGAAUCAGAAGAAAUAGCCAGAAAAGAUAAAGAAAAGGAUAGUUUAGAGGUAUUUCCAUUAAAUUCAUCAAAGGGCUCAAUACAGGAAGAAAUGGAAUAUGCAUCAUUGACUUGCAAGGAGAAACAGGGAAGCAGUCAUGGUAAAGGAUGGAGUGAUUUGCAUCCUUCACUGAUCCAAAACCAAAGAGGGGAUGUCACAGUUCACAAUACUAGCACUAUAUUUAACAUCACCUUGGUGGAUAACAAAGAACAAGAAAUACUAGAUGUUCUAUGUGAGAGACCUCUAAAAAGUGACCAUCAUUCAGAUGAGUCAUUUGUCACAGCAGAAUCUGUAGAAGACAGAGUGUCCAGGGAAUCUCUUCAGAGUGUUGAUACAAAUGAUGAUUCUGAAUCACAGAGUUCCAAUACAUCCAAAUUAAGGAUAGAUAUUAGUAAUUCAAAUCUGUUGCCAGGAAAUUCCUCUGCUGCAGAAACCACAGCUGUCUGGGACAGAUGUGACCAGAAUGCCAAGAAAAAUAAAACGAAGGGCAGAACUACAGAAAAUAGUGAUGUAUCUGCAACAGUUGAUGCGCACAAAAAUCAAGGGAUGGAUUCAGUGACAAAUGAGGUGGGAAAUACAGACGUUGAUUCAUUUGUAACGGCUCUUGAUGAAAGUCAGAAAGGUAAGCAAAAGAAAAAAUCUUGUGCACUAGAAGUAACUGAAGGUGUGGGCAGUGAGUUAGUUACAAACGAUGUAGAGACAUUUAAAUCUAAAAAAAAGAAAAAGGAAAAGAAGCCUGAAAUCACAGUAUUACCAACAAUGCAAGUAAGUGACAUUCCAAAUUCAGAUGAAGUUGAUGGUAGUGCAUAUGAAACCUCAAAGAAAAGCAAAAAAGGAAAGGAAAAGAAGAGGAAAGAAAAGACUUCAGAUAAGGUCAGUGAAAAGACAGAGCAAACAAACUUGGUCUCCCACAGCUCAAAAUCAAAGAAAAAACAUAAAAGUGACGAAACAGAGACCGAAGAAGCCUGUGAUAAAUAUUGGUUAGAUUUAUGUACUGAUCUUCCUUUCCCUGAUUUAGACAAAGAGAAUGAGGUACUUGUGUCAGAGAACAGUUCAUCUAAAUCAAAGUCCCAGAGCACAAAAACAAAAAAUGACACUUCAAAGGCAUCUGUACUGAAGUGCUCCUUAAUAGAUUCUGAUGAACUGGAAUUUCCUGAUUUCGACAAUUUGUUACCUGAAGAAUCUAUCAAGGAAAAAAUAAAUACUAGAAAAAGCUCCAGAAAUAAGAACAAAAAGGAACAAAAAGAGAGGGGUAAGUCAGAGGAUCAGGUUAAUCAGAAAAAGUGCCUUGAAUCCAAAGAGGAAACUAAGGAAGUUGUGUGUCUAGAUGUCUCUGAAAACCAAGAAAAGAAAAAAUCCAAAAAGAAGAAGCUUCAAAAAUGUUCUGGUCAAGAAAAGUUCCAAGUUGAUGUUUUUGAUAAUGAAUUUGAUAAAAAACACAAGUCCACGAACAACAUAGAACAAAAAGUUGAUGAAGGCUUGUCUCUUCCUACAAAACGAGAAAAGAAAAAGCACAAAAGGGAAAAAGAAGACUUCAUUACAUGUGAUCUUUUACCGUUCCCAGAUAUCGAAAUUGAAGGCUGUUCCAUCUCAAAAGCAGAAAAUGAGACAUGUUUUGCUAAGUCUGCGGAUGGGAUUGCCUCGCAGAAAAAGAAAAGAAAAAAUGAAGAUAGUGACAUCAAGUCACUAAACACAAAGAGGAAAAAGAAUGAGUAUCUGGAAACUAGUACCAACAAAGACAUUGAAAAGUGUAAUGGAAAUACAAGUGUCAAAGCAACACCAGAGGUUCCUCAAGUAAAUGGCCACUAUGACUGUUCAGACUUGGUUAAAAGGAAAAAAAACAAAAAGAAUAAAUCUAAAGCAACAGAAGAUGAAUCACUGACAGGUCUUGAUGUCGAGAGUGUCUUAGACCUAAUAAAUGAAAAUGAUGAGUAUUCUAAAAGAGAUACAGAAAAGAAAAACAAAAAGAGACAGAGAGCUGAUGGCACAGACGAGAAUAAAGAAAAAAACAAUCCUGAAAACACCGAGAAAAGUGAACAUAACACGCCAGUAGAGAACAGAAGGGAAAGUCUGAGGAAAAGACCAAAAAGAGAUAAAGACACAUCUCUCAGCAGGAAGGAGGAACAGAAAGGGAGUUCUUCCAAAAACAAAGUUCAAGAAGAGUUAAAAAGAAUAAACAAUAAAAAAAAUUGUUUGACUCCACCUUGGAACAGACCUGUAAAAUCAAGGGCCAAAUUCCACAGACUUUACAAUCCUGAAAAUGAUGAUCUUUUAUACAGUCCUGAAAAUGAAGAUCUUUUAUAAAACGGUCUUUCUUUUUCUCCUCCUUCCUCUCCUCCAUUUCCUCAUUUUUCUCCUUCAACAAGUGAUUGAUGUGAUACUUAGAUUUUACAUGUGAACAGAUGACGUAAUACAUUAUAGAAUUUGAUUACCCCUUUAUGUCAAUUGACAUAUUAUGGAUUUGUUACUAUGUACGUAGAAUUUGUACUUCAAUUAAAGUGUUUUUUUAAUUGACAGUAACAGUAUUUAGACAUUUUUAAAGAAUUUCUUAAUUUUUCUGUUUAUUGUUGUAACCAAUCAAAAUUUAAUGUUUAUUUAAGUUUAGUAAGUGAUAUUUAUUAAGUAAACAUGCAUUCCUUCAUUUCCCCAUAAUCAGUUAUUUAUCGAGAGUCAACAACAAAAGUAGGUUUCUGUUUAAUAAAGAUUUUUAAAUAA